CCGGCCUUCUGGUUCAGGAGCUCGUCUAUCUUUGAGCCGUCGGGUCCAACAUCUUCAAGAAACGUGCCUAAGCUUAGUACGAGGGCAUGAUGUCACGCCAACAAUCUUGGCGGCUUGACCCAGGAGUUCUUGAUAGCACGAAUGUAUAUCAGCAGCAGAACGAGCUCAGUCAUCCGACAUUGCUAUAAUAGUAGUUACCAUCUAUGUUGUAGAGAGUGUCGACGUUCUCGACUCUUCACAAAGAUCUCGGAUGUUCGACUUCUUGUCUCUGUUUCAGAUUGUCAGUGGUGGUGUAGGGUUUGUUGAAGCUGGUGAUCAUACUCGUCCUUGACUGGGCAAGCCCGGCUCUCAGAACAGAAAGUAGCUCUUACAUGUUGCUUCAGAGAAUCACAACGUCUUUGCUACGACGCCUCUGGGUGGCAUUCGGAUAAGCCUGCUUAAUUCGAGCAGAUUGGUCAUUGACGAGCAAUCGCCGGAUGCUCGGUGCCGGAGGAGGUCCUCUCAAACACAACUCCUGGGAAAGCUCUCUCCAUAUCACCAGUGGAUCAUAAGCAGGGAUGGACACUCUUGAAACAAAGGAAGUACAGACCGCAAACCUGACGGACCAAGUACUUGAAGAUGCGCGCACGCCAACGGAAGGAGCCUCGCAGCUGCCCCUUUGGGCCGGUGCAGAGAGACAAGAAAAACUGAGUCAGCUGGUGAUGGACAGCUACGAGGCGCUGGUCCACCGGCCCGCGUCCUGGCCCGCUCUCAACAUGCGGCUCAAGGAGAAGGGCGCCAAGGACAUCCUGUUCGGGGUGGAGGACGUCAUCAAGGCGCGCGGCCCUGGCGCCGUGCGCGCGCUGCUGACGGCCGGCCCGCCGGCGGUGGACGCGGACACGGUGUGGUCGCUGCACCAGCCGCUGCUGUCGCUGCUGCUCUUCAUCUUGUCGGGCGCUAACGACAUCCACAAGAAGCUCAUCAAGGUGCCGGACCUCAAGGCCGACAUCUGCAAGGCGCUCGCCUUGGGGGCGCCCACUAAAGUGAAGACGCCGGGGCCCAAGCCGGAGGCGGUGCACGCCGUCAAGAAGCUGAAGCGGCUCACCAGAGUGCCACCCGCCGGCAUCCCCGGCGAGGACGCCCCCGCGAAGGCGAAGGUGAUCAAGCGGCUCAUCGUGCGCAAGCCCGGCGAGAAGAGGGCCCUGGACCAGGCGGCCGAAGAGGCCAGGCGGAGCGCGGCAGCCGGCGGGGCCGCCUUCCCGUUCGGCUCGUCGGAAGGCCCGUUGGCCAAGAAGCGCAAAAUCGAGGGUGACGCUGAGACCACGAUAGCCGCCCAGGGAGGCCAGCCGAACUCGGCUCAACUGGGCCGCCUCCCGAGCACGGAGUUCUCGCUCGAGCCGUUGCUUAAGAAGAGUGGACGGGUGAAGAAGCUCAAGCCCGCGAAACUCCUCGAGAGCGGGGUGCGGAGCAAGAAGUCGUCCGCCAAGGAUACGGGCAGCCCGAAGAAGGCCCGCGCCAAGAAAGGCCCCGGGGAAGCCGCGCAGCAUGGCGGGCCCUCGUGGGGCGUCGACCUUGCGGAGCGGGGCCUCACGUUUCCGGCGGAGCAGACGCAGCAGGAGUACCUGGAGGACGCGGAGAUCGCGGCCCUGGUGCAGGCGCUGCGGGCACGGGGUGCGCGGGACGUGCGCGCGCGAGAGGAGGGCGAGAUGGCCGACCUGGACGAGCGCGUGGCGGUGCUGGAGGUGCAGCAGCGCGGCCUCGCGGCCGAGCUCGUGCACCUGCGCGCGCAGCGGGAGGGGCUGCGGGAUCAGAGGCUGGGCGCCGCCGGAGAGCAGGACGGGGGGGAGCCCGUGCGAGCGGCGCGCCAAAAGUGUCUGCAAGCGAUCGUGGACCUGCUCGAGGUGCUCCCGGCAGUGCUGGACCUGAACGCGGUGGCGGUGUUCAACGAGCUGGAGCGCUCGGACGCGUUCGACGCGAGCCUGGGCGCGCUGGUGGUGAAGCAGCGCGCGUUCCUGCAGAGGGACUGGGAGCGCAAGAACGCGCUGGCCGCGGAGGCGAAGCGCGCGGGGCGGGACGCGAUGCGCAAGAAGGACAACGUGAGGCAACACCUGGGCAUCCUCGCGGCCAGCACGACGGAUGAGUCGUUGGAGUUCGACGCCGUGUUCAGCGCCUUCCAACUCAAACUCAUCGAGUUACGGAGGGACAUGGAACAAAAAGUAACGUUAUUGGCCGAAAAGGAGAAGAACGCCAAACAGGCUUGGCUCGUGUACAGGGCAGCAGCAUGAAUCACGGACCUCUCAGUAUUUAACUUGAAAGUCAGUUAGAAAGCAGCUAAGCUUUGUUGAAAUCCUGGAAAUACUAUCCAGGACAGUAGUUCCUUCGGACGGUGCCUGCAAAUCUGUUGUCGGGCGUAGUGCGUCUGCUCAUACCAAGAUUGGUACGUUGGUUGCCUUUAUGGCUACUUCCAAGCUCCCUAGUUGUGAAGGGUCUCUUGAAGGUCUGCUGCCAGGUGCCUGCUUGUCAGUACCUUUCGAGGUUCACAACAAGGUCUGGAAACAGCUCCAGUAAGUUUUUGCUGUGUUUGCC